GACCUCUGUGAUAAGAUAAAAGGUGAUCAAGGUUACAGGGAAGGUUUCUAUAAAAAAGCGUCUAUAUGUCUAUCAGGAUGAAGUGUACAGGAUAUCUGCUGACGCUUGUUGUUUGGUAUAGCUUGGCUUCGAACACGUUUGCAAGACAUCCCUGUCACCACCCAGAAACCACUUGCAACAAAGGAGGGAAUUGCACAGAGACUCAUGAUGAUCCGUUCUACCAUUGCGACUGCCGAAAAGGAUUUUUCGGAGUCAAUUGUGAAAAACAUGUUUGUCACAUCAAGCCAUGUAUUCACGGAAGCUGCCAUAGAAUGACGCCGAGCCCGUAUUUUUCGUGCAAUUGUUCCACGGGAUUCACUGGUGAUUUGUGUCAAGAUGCCAUUACUUCGCCCCCUGUAUUAACAACAGUAACUACAACAUCUACAGGACACAGAAAGUGUGACAAAUUCGGAACUAUGGGUGAUAUUGUCGAACAAACGCAAGUUAGCAAUAAUUUGACCACGUGUUUUACCGGAAGUGGCAUUUCCCCUGAAGCAUUUGUCAUUGAGCACUGUAAUGUGACGUCAUCAUUUCAUUCGUGGAAAAAGGGUUUGCAGGUGAUGGAAGCAUGCAAUGGUAGGGCUUAUUUACCGUCAUACACACCCGUCGGUAUAUUUCAAACGGAAAAUUAUAUAGAUACAAUGCAAGGCGGAACAGUCGGCAUAUUUCUAGGCUGUCUUGGUGACGCCGGAUUUAAGAUUGGAAUACAGGCAUGUGACAGCAUACCUUUAAUCGAGCAUAUCAACGGCACAUUCUUUACUAUGAACCCGAAUAAUUAUUUUGCUAUUGUUUGAAACUAGUUUCAAUGAAUGAUUAUUUAAAACUGGGAGUCUUCAAAUAUAUUAGUACCGAAAUACUACA